UAACAACCACCGCAAUUUUACCUACACUACACAGACAACAACAAUCCCAAAGAUGACGCGCAAGACCCCAUCUGAGCUCCUAGCCGCGAACCCCCUAGACCUGACCCCCUACGAAUCUCUCUACAAGCAUUUCCACGCACAUCCCGAACUCUCCAAAAGAGAGAAAGCAACCGCCGAAAGAAUAGCAGCUCAUCUCGCGCAAUGGGAUGCCUUUGAGAUCCACACCCGGAUCGGGGGUCACGGAGUCGCCGGGGUCCUGCGCAACGGCCCGGGAAAGACCGUCCUUCUGCGGGCGGACAUGGACGCUCUCCCCGUGCAAGAAAUCACGGGCUUACCCUACGCCAGCGCGGUCACGAUGCAGGAUGCCAGCGGCGCGGAGAAGCCGGCCAUGCACGCCUGCGGCCACGACAUGCACAUCACGUGUCUGCUGGCGGCGGCUGAACGGCUGGUGCGGAUGCGAUGCGACUGGAGUGGAACACUGAUUGUGGUGUUUCAGCCUGACGAGGAGCGCGGGGAGGGCGCCCGCGCAAUGGUGGAUGACGGCCUGUACGACAAGAUCCCCGUGCCGGAUUAUGUCUUCGGCCAGCAUGUGAUGCGCAUGCGCGCGGGGAGCGUGGGCUCGCGUCCGGGGACCAUCAUGGCUGCGGCGGAUAGCUUGAAGAUCACGCUGUUCGGGCGUGGGGGUCACGGGUCCCUGCCGCAUCAGACGGUGGAUCCGGUGCUGCUGGCGGCGAAUGUGGUGGUGCGGCUGCAGGGGAUCGUGAGCCGCGAGAUUGACCCCAGUGAUCUGGCGGUCGUGACAGUCGGGAGCCUGCAGGCCGGCCAGGCGGAAAACGUCAUCCCGGACACCGCCGAGCUGGGCGUGGAUUUCCGCUCGGUGAGCGUCGAGACCCGCGAUAAGAUCCUCGCCGCGAUCAAGCGUAUCGUCGAGGCCGAGUGCAUGGCCAGUGGCUCGCCGCGGCCACCGGUCUUCACACCCACUCGAAACUUCCCUCCCACCAUCAACGACAAGCAAGUCACGGCUGAACUGGCGCCUUGCUUCGCGGAGCAUUUUGCAGACGGGUUUGACGCCGACACCCCUCGGACUAAUGUCAGCGAAGACUUCUCGAUCCUUGGCACUAGCCAGGGCCGGCCCUGCUCGUUUUGGUUCUUUGGUGGCAUCGAUUCGGAAGUGUGGGAUGAGGCAGAAAGCAAAGAUUGCCUCCACGAGAUUGCUGGCAACCAUUCCGCCUCAUUUGCCCCGGCGAUUCAGCCAACGAUGAAGACGGGAAUGGACGCGCUUUGUGUCGCGGCGUUGACGUAUCUGAGGAAGUAGACAUUGUAAAUGUCAGAGUGAUGCAUAUAAAACGCUUGAUGCAAUUCCCCCCUGGAUCUUGACCCCUGCUGCGUAGAGAUAGAUGGAAGAAAUAGAUGGAAGGAUUACAGUGUUCGCUCUGGUAACGAUUCGUUUGUGUUCACUGUUUGCGGAGAUCUCAUUCCUUUUCUCGACGAUGUCGACCAUGAAUGAGGCAGGGUAGCAAGUGUGGAAUCGAUCUGAGACGGCAUAGCGUUGGAGCACUUAAGACAAGGAUGUAGUGGAUGAAGAGAUAAAGCGAGGGAGAGGGGGGGGACAAGAGGCAGUGGACUUGUCCAUCCUCUCAGUUCUGGAACCCAGCACGACUUGUGCUACACUGGGAGAGUGUAUCAUGGCAGAAACAUGCGCCACAGACAAUUUGCAUACUCAGACACCAGAAUUAAG